AUGCCAAGAUUGGGCUCUGAGAACCUCACUUCAGAAACAGGGUUCAUCCUCUUGGGACUCACCUCUCAUCGAAAAGAACAAAUUCUGCUCUUUGCGAUCUUCCUAACAAUCUACUUGCUCACAAUUUUGGGUAACCUGCUAAUCAUCAUAUUGGUAAACACUGAUGUUCAACUGCACACACCUAUGUAUUUCUUUCUCAGCCAUCUUGCAGGCCUGGAUAUUGUGUAUGUCACUACCACUUUGCCUCAGACUUUAGCCCAUCUCUUGGUUGGAAAAGGUGUGCUGUCCUUGACACGUUGCAUGUUGCAGGGAGGUAGUGCUCUGAGCUUGGGGAGUACUGAAUGUUUGCUGUUGGGUGUCAUGGCUUAUGAUCGCUACUUGGCCAUCUGCAACCCCUUGAGAUAUGCCUCUGCCAUGGACAGAAAGCACCAACAUCUGCUUGCCACCUCCUGCUGGAUCAUAGCAGGUGUCUUCUCGAUGGUCAAUGUUGUUUUCAUCCUUCGCCAUUCCUUCUGUGGUCCCAAUCAUAUUAACCACUUUUUCUGUGAGCUGCAUUUUUUGCUAGAUCUAGCAUGUGAUGAUAUAAAAGUCACCAAAGUCAUUUUCAAUGGUCUAUCAGCAUUUAUUGUUUUGGUUCCCUUUGGGGUUAUCUUGUGUUCCUAUAGUUGCAUCCUGUAUUCCAUUUGUCAAAUGCAGUCCACUACAAGAUGGCAGAAAGCUUUCUCCACAUGUGGCUCGCAUCUUGUUGUGGUCUCUUUGUUCUAUGGCACUAUCAUGUCUAUAUACAUAAUCCCUCAAUCAAGCUCAUUUCCUGACAGAAACAAAAACAUUGCAGUUAUGUAUCUUGUGGUCACUCCCCUGCUUAACCCCAUCAUUUACACUUUGCGGAAUAAGGAUGUCCACAGGGCUGUGGUCAAAGUGUGGAAAAGAAGGAACUUUGAAGGAAAACUAUGA